AUGACUAUCUGUACUUAUAACGCCCGUACUCUUGCAUCGGAUGCGGCCACUGAAGAUCUGAUGAUGCAAGCCAGGAAGUUUACGUACGACAUCAUCGGACUGACCGAGACGAGACGACGCCACCCACUGAACGCCGUGUUUGAUACUGGAGAAGAACUGUUCUUAGGAACAUGCGACAGUAGAAGAGUUGGUGGAGUUGGCGUCCUCAUCAACACGACCUUUUCACAACACCAUUUCAACACCACAGUACUUCCGAAAAUGCGGUGA